GACCAGCGAAGAAUUCAGAAGGCAAAGUGCAAAGAGCAUUAUGGACCUUACUGCAACAGUGGUGUUGGCCGGGCUGAUCUUAGCUCUGCUGUGGUUGUUUAGAUUCAAAACCAGUGGGAAGAAUCGUUUACCUCCAGGACCCAUUGCACUUCCUGUCAUAGGAAACCUGCCGCAAGUGGACAGGAAUGUACCUUUUAAAAGCUUCCUCAAGCUCAGUGAGACCUAUGGUCCUGUGAUGACGUUGUACCUGGGCUGGCAGCGGACGGUCGUUCUGGUCGGAUAUGACGCAGUGAAGGAGGCUCUGGUGGACCGGGGCGAUGACUUCUCAGGCAGAGGGCCGCUGCCGUUUCUGAUCAAGGCUACCAGAGGCUACGGUUUGGGGAUGAGUAACGGGGAGCGUUGGCGCCAACUGCGACGUUUCACCCUGACAACCCUGAGAGACUUUGGGAUGGGACGCAAGGGGAUGGAAGAGUGGAUCCAAGAGGAGAGCAAACACCUGAGGGCUCACAUAGAUACAUUUAAAGCCAAGCCAUUUGACCCAGCGUUCUUCUUGAGCCGCACCGUGUCCAAUGUGAUCUGCUGCCUGGUGUUUGGCCAACGCUUCGGUUAUGAAGACAAGAAGUUCCUGCACCUCCUCAACAUCAUAUCUCAGAUUAUAAAGUUCAUAAGCAGCCCUUUGGGUCAGAUGUACAACGUCUUUCCCUGGAUCAUGGAGCGUCUGCCCGGCCACCAGCACACUAUUUUUGCCAGGGUAGAUGAGGUGAGAGAGUUUAUCGAAAUGAAGAUCCAAGAGCACAAAGAGACGCUGGACCCCAGCUCCCCGAGGGACUUCAUCGACUGCUUUCUCAUCCGAAUGAAUCAGGAAAAGGACCUUCCCACAACUGAGUUCAUCUAUGACAACUUGGUCUCUACAGUGUUAAAUCUCUUCCUGGCAGGAACAGAAACCACCAGCACCACCAUCAGAUAUGCCCUCAGUGUGCUGAUCAAAUACCCCAAAAUACAGGAGAAAAUCCAGGAGGAGAUUGACACUGUGAUUGGACAAGGCCGUUGUCCCAGCAUGGAGAACAGGAAGUCCCUCCCCUUUACAGAUGCAGUCAUCCAUGAGGUGCAGCGCUUUAUGGACUUAGUCCCCCUCAGCCUCCCUCACUACACACUCCAGGACAUCACCUUCAGGGGUUACGCAAUCCCCAAGGACACUGUGGUCAUUCCCUUGUUGCACUCUGUGCUGAAAGAGGAGAAACAGUGGGCGACCCCCUUGACCUUCAACCCCCAGCACUUCCUGGACCAGAAUGACAACUUCAAGAAAAAUACUGCAUUCAUGCCAUUCUCUGCAGGGAAGAGAGCCUGUGUUGGCGAGUCUCUGGCUCGUAUGGAGCUUUUUAUCUUCUUAGUGUCGCUGCUGCAGAAUUUCACCUUUUCCUGCCCCGGAGGCCCCGACAGUAUAAACCUAGUUCCAGAGGUCAGCGGCUUCGCCAAUUUGCCUCGCGCGCAACAGAUCAUCGCCACGCCGCGGUGAGAAGAGUCCACUCAGACCGCCUAUCAUCGCUUGAGGCCCUCACAAGGAUGAUCAUACAGCAUAUAUUGCUUUAUUCAGACAGGCCCGUCAGCAUGAUUAUGAAUCCUCUUGUCUCUUGCUUUGGUUGUCUUUUCAUACAUAUAUAUUUUUUGUAUAUAUUUUAAUCCAUUCUUGGUCCUGUGUUAAUUGUGAACAUGCGUUCUUAUAUAACAACAAUAAAGGUACUGCUGCUAUAAAAAUGCAUUGCUACAUUAAAGUACUAAGUCCUUCUAUACAUACAAAUGGAAAUAAAUUACUUGCUGCUAUGAA